AUGGCGGCUUCUGCGUGUCUCCUUCGUUCUGUGUUACCAUCACAAGGUGCCCUAUGUUCAUAUUUAUUCCCUAGAAAUUUUCUCAAAUUCCAUUGGCAUAAUGUACGGCAGAUUUCAUUUACCUCACGAUACUUUGCACAGCCAGUGGCACAGAAAAAAACUUUUCUUCGAGACAAACCUCAUAUGAAUAUUGGUACAAUUGGUCACGUUGAUCAUGGAAAAACGACACUCACUGCAGCCAUCACAAAAGUACUUUCAUUGGAUAAGAAUGCAGUGUUUAAGAAAUAUGAGGACAUUGACAAUGCACCAGAAGAGAAGUCCCGGGGCAUCACGAUCAAUGCAGCCUGUGUGGAAUAUCAGACAGAAAACAGGCAUUAUGGACACGUUGACUGUCCUGGUCAUGCAGAUUAUAUUAAGAAUAUGAUCACUGGAACUGCCCAGAUGGAUGGUGCCAUAUUGGUUGUGGCUGCCACAGAUGGAACGAUGCCACAGACUCGAGAGCAUCUGCUCUUGGCCAAACAGAUUGGUAUUUCUAAAUUGGUGGUGUUUAUUAAUAAAGCAGAUGCUGCUGACAAUGAAAUGUUGGAAUUGGUGGAGAUGGAAGUUCGUGAAUUAUUAAGUGAAUUUGGAUUUGAUGGAGAUGAAACUCCUAUUGUCUGUGGAUCGGCAUUGUGUGCUGUUGAGGGAAAAAAACCUGAAAUGGGAGCUGAAAAGAUUAAAGAACUUCUCGAUGCUGUUGAUAGCUACAUCCCCACACCUGUACGAGAUCUUGAUAAACCAUUCAACAUGUCUGUAGAAGCCACUUUCUCAAUUCCAGGUCGUGGCACUGUUGUGACUGGUCGUUUGGAACGAGGUAGCAUCAAAAAGGGAGAUGAAUGUGAAUUGGUUGGCUAUGAUAAGAAAGUUAAAACAACAAUUACAGGAAUUGAAAUGUUCCAUCAAAUUCUGAAUAAAGCUGAAGCAGGUGAUCAGCUUGGGGCUCUUAUCCGAGGAGUGAAACGUGAUGAAAUUCGGCGAGGUAUGUGUCUGUGCAAACCAGGCACUAUUAAAAUGCACAACAAAGUGGAAGCCCAGGUCUAUCUUCUGACCAAAGAAGAAGGUGGCAGGGCAAAGCCUUUUACAGAUUUUUUCCAAACACAAGUGUUUAGUCGAACUUGGGAUUGUCCUGCUUUUAUGCGGAUUCAAGGCAAAGAUAUGAUGAUGCCCGGUGAGGAUGGGACGGUCACAUUUAAUCUUUUCAAGAAAAUGGCUCUUGAGAAAGGUCAGCGUUUCACUUUGCGAGCUUCUGGAGUGACUCUUGGUUAUGGAGUCAUUGCCAAUAUUCUCCCAGAUUAUGAGUCCAGUGAAAUGGACAAAAAAGUCAGGACAAAAGCAGCUGAGAAAUAA